GAAGAGACGCCUACAAAUUAAGUGAACAGAUUGGGACGCUGCUUCUGCUCUUGAAUGAUCCAGCUCUAAGUCUGACGAGUUACAGUAUUUCAAGUGUCUCCACCGCCAGUACUAGUACCAUCUAUGUUGAUACACUCACUCAUCACGGGGUAUUCAUACUCCCUCAUUCAUGAAUCGCACAAAGCCACGAGGCACUCUGAAUCGUCUCGAUCUAUCACGACCACAGCGACCCUCCAUCUAAUGUCGCCUCAGGGCAUACUCUGAGAGAUGUUUAGGUCACGUACGUUAGCUGGGGGAGGUCCGUUGUCGGGUUUCUCAUCCAAGAUUGCGCAUACAACGCGGUUUCCUUCUCUGCUGGGAAACCAGGAUUUACGGGCAUUACAAGACCUCAUCACAGAUGAGAAAGGAGUUGUAUCAGGACUUCAAAAACUGUCUCUCGAUUGGGCUAAAGCUGCUGAUGCGCUACGAGUAUGGAGUUUGAGUGAGGAUGAUGAUCUAGGUGAUAUCUCAACUCAAGCAGUUGCUAUGCUAUCGCAUAUUUCCCAAUCUCUGGAUCAGUUUGCAUUGCAUGAGCAAUCGGUGCGGACGCAUCUCAAAGAUAUCCGCUCGAAAGAAGAGGGACUAGAUGGACUCCGAAGGCAUAGGAGGGUCGUUGGGCGAGGAAUUUGGAGAAGAAACUUAUUAAAAUGAGCCCAGAACACAGAGGAUUCCAGGAACAAACAGAGCUGCUCGCCCAGCUUCAACGAGAGAUGAGACAUCUAGAUACACAGAUUAUGACCGACGAGACCCAGCUGGGAGAUUUCAAACGGCAAGUUUUAAAA